AUGGCUGAAAGUAUCGAGACGAGACAAGAAAACUGGCUGAGAGUGGUCUGGGGACUUAUGUACGUGAACGAAGGACUUAAGGGAUACGUUGAUACAAAAGGCAAACAACAGUACCAAACGUUUAUGAACACUGUUAAUGCGAAGUGUAAUAAACAGACAUGUGAUCAAUGUCAAAUCAACAGCAGAUGCCAAAAUGGCACGACUAAGGUGACCGGAAAAUCGAAAUUCAGGCCAGCCCAUUUCUGUGAUGCAAUGUACAAAGAGAUCCAAAACAAUCAUGCUAAAAACAAUCCAUUCUGGAUGAAUACAGAUUCUACUAAAUGGCAUGAUCCACGCGUCGGUUACUGGGAGGUGAUCAAGUGUUUUCUCAGUUCAGCUGGCUACUUUGACAAGAUGGGGGCGAGUCAGAUGGAUGCUUCAGGACUGUUAAGCAUCUGUAUAAACAGUUCGUUUAUCAAACAACACAUAACAAAUGUUCAGCGAUUUGAGGAGGUACGAGACAUAAGGAACAAGACUUUGCAUGACGCCCAUUAUGAGCUUGACGGACAGACAGCGGACGACUGUCUGGACAAGAUGAUUACCGUACUGGAGGAUCAACAAGAACUCCUACAUGAUACAUUUGCUCAGCAAAACGCUAAUCUCAUAAGAAAUAUCAAAGCGAAAAUUGAAAAGACACCGGCCAUUAUGCAUGAAUCCUUACAAAAAUGGCUGCAGACAAACUUUGACGUCGACAAAUGUCUCAAAGAGAUCGAGGGCCCGAUGUAUGAUAGACUACGAAAGGAACUAAAAGGAUUUAUAGUCGAUGAGGUCAAACGUGCGGUCAAACACAGUUUCGAUGACAGAGGUAACUACGAAAGGGAACAAAACCUGGAGGAUCUACGACAACGGCUUGCCAAGUACUACCAGAAAGAACUCAACAGCGCGCCCAUAUCUCCCCUGCUGUCGGACAAGAACGAGAGACUGGACAAGUUGUAUGUCCCUCCAAAGAUCGUGGAGAAAAACCCGCGAAAAGUAGGUGCGUUUGAGAAAGAAAAAGGAACACCCGUCACGGCUUACAGGCAAUUGUUCUGUAAAAAAGGUGAAUUUAGGAAAAACGUGUUCAUGAUUGGCGAGGCCGGGAUGGGAAAGUCCACCUGUGCCGCAAUGUGUGCAUUGAAAUGGUCCAAUCAGUUCUCAUCAACGAAUACGAAUAACGAACCUGAAAAUGAUCCUUUACCUCAAAACUGGUUUACGUUUUUUGUGUUAAAGUUAUUUCUAAUUGGCAGAAAUCUUGAUCAUAUUUUCAAUCUUGAUACAAAGCAGGAAGACCAAUUCAAAGAUGAAACUUUCUGUAAAGACAUUGAUUUUGUAUUUCACCUCACUCUGAGAGAUAGCUGUGACCUCUGUGACCUCACAGACAUGAUACGAGAUCAGCUUAUCAACAGAAUUUAUCCACAAGAUCAGAGGGACGCUGCAUACCUGACUAUGCAAAGUGUCCUGUCCAAAAACAAGUGCGUGAUCAUAGCCGAUGGCCUGGAUGAGUGGACUCAUCCAAAUGAUACAAAAUGCAGUUGUCCAAAAGAAGAAAAAGUGAUCCCUUACUUGGAGACAACCCUAGAUGUAACUGUGUUUAUUACAUCUCGACCCUGGAGGAUGUCACAACAACGGGUUAAAGACACGAAAAUUGACACGUACUUGGAGAUAGAGGGACUUGCAGAUAUGGGAUUACUGCUUCAGAAAAUAUUGAACAGACUUAAUGAAACAGUUACAGUAAAGAAAACAUUGCUAGAUUUCGUCCAGUUUGUUGAUAGAAUGACACUCACACGUCUUUUAUCGGUACCUAUUAUAUCAAUGUUGCUGGUAUGUUUGUGGUUUGAGGGAAUACAUGAGUCCUUUUCUCUUUGUGAUAUAUACGCAUACACUAUUGAAAUGCUGUUUAAGCGAAAAGCUCUCCCUGUGCCUAUUGUUUCUCAGAAAAAUGUUCAAUUCUUACGAUGUUUCCAGGACACAGAAUAUGUACAAAAGUACUACAGCAUUGUAAUGGAGAUUGCAGAACUUGCUUUUACGACAUUAUUUUCGAACGACCUCACUUCGUCCUUGGUGUUUAAAAAGGUUGACAAUUUGAAGCACGAUAAUCUCUUGUUUGUGCUGAAGUCGGGAAUCUUGCAAGAAUCAAAAUCAGCGUCUUUGAUUAGAAAGUCAUCGAGCUACUCCUUUAUCCACAAAACGGUUCAGGAAUUUUUCGCUGCAAUAUACAUGUCCUACCACCCAAAAGAGAUUGAAAGAGUAUGUCCACCUAAUUAUGAGAUGAACGAUGAUAUGACGGAUAUUUCACAGGUUUUCAUUUUCAUAUGCGGUCUGAACAUUAAGUUAGCAAAUGAGAUGUCGAAUAACAUAUCCAAUAGCAAAAAGUUUCACAUGGCUUCUUCCAUCCAGAAAACCAUUGUGUCGGGUUAUAAGGAGGCUAAAGCUAGUAAAUUAUUAAAUAUCCAGUUUUCACUCACCAGCUUUGAUUUAUGUUCUACAGAAACCGAACUAGUAAAUGACUUGCUAUCAAUGAACAAGUCCAAGAUACGUAGUAUCAGUGUCUCGUCCGAUAUAAGCCAGGGGAAACUCCAGGAGGUAUUCAGUAGCUCCACGGACACUCUUACUUAUGUUUCGUUAUCUGACGUGGCUGGACAAAGUGACAAUGACUGGGCGUUCCUUGAGGGGAUUGCUGGAGAGGCAGAAAAACAGCCCUCAGCGUUGGCAUUGUGUACUAUGGAAGUGUAA